AACAAAAGAAGAAGAAGGAGGUUGCGAAGUAUUGUUUUGCCUGUGCGGACUCUACCAAGCGUUUUCCCUGUUUCAUUGCCUUGUUUUGUUAUUUCCAUGGUCAUUGUUUUGUUUCAUAGUCAUAGUUUUGCCUUGUUUUCAUUGCCAUAGUUUUUGUGUGGUUUCAUUGCCUUGUUCAUUUGUUACUUUGGACUGCUCACUGGUAUUUUGACGUUCUGCCUGUUUAUAGGAUUACGUUCUUGUCUUGUUAUCUGUUCACACUUCUGACGAGUCCCCUUACGCACAUCUACUCUGAGAUCUUCAAGCUCUACAGAACAUCUGCAGAUUCUUUCUGUCAUUGUGAAGAAACAUCUUGAAGAAUGAGAAGCCUGAUGUCUGUGCUGUUCCUGGUGAUCUUCUGCUCUGUGCAGAUGACUAGUGCUUCUGAAGCAGCUAAUACACCACCAGAGUGCUGUGUAGAGUUCUCUAACGUGAAAAUUCCUGUGAAACUGGUGGCAUCUUACUCCUGGACCAACAGCAACUGUCCCAAACGUGCUAUUGUGUUUAAGACAAGUGCAGGGAAAAAGUUCUGUGUAGAUCCUGAGAUCACCUGGGUGAGCCACCAUGUUAAUAAAGUGGACAAAAGAACAACAGUGGACAAAAGCCACACUGUUUCUAUUUGAACUGUGCAUUUCAUAUUGUAUAUUCAAACCUUGUACUAUUUCCAAUGUGUAUAUGAAAUAUUUUAUUUACAGAAUAGUUUAUGUGAUUGGAUUCAGCUGUUUUAAUAAUAAAUUU